UCCACCUGUUGUGAUUGUUCAACCACGACGGAAAAUAAUCGUAAAAAGGAUCAGAAGGCACAGAAACUAAGCAUACACGAGGAUUUGAUAGAGGAUGAGGUACUCCUGGGAUUAGCUUCAGACCAGUCUGUGACGUAUUAUUAGCAGGAUACGUCUUUCAAGGGAACUAGUUGCGCUUACAACCCCUGUGACUUGUUGCUCUUACUGGAUGGUGAGUUAAACAUGAAGCUACGUAUAUCAGGAAUUUCAUCAGAGUCAGCAUAGAACCUCAGUACUGGUUUUUGUCUUGAACCUCAAACUUUGUUUCAGAGAUAACAGAAGCGUGAUAUAAGUUGACGUCAGGGUAGCUAAAAACCAUGGAACUGCUACAUCAUUGGUUCCUCAGGGCUCUAUUCUUGGGCCUCUUCAUUGUACACAUAGGAGCAGAAAUCGAAUUUCGAGAGGAGCCGUAUGACAAAGUUGUUGCCCAGGGACAGCCAGUUUACUUUGACUGCAUGGCGGCCGAUACCCAAAACCGUGGUACGAUCUCAGUCCAAUGGAAACAUAACAGCACCCCGCUCAGUGCCGGCGGGAGAGUGACCAUCUUUCCUAACGGGACCCUUCAGUUGGUAUCGACGCAGACGGGAGACGAGGGGACGUAUUCCUGCACGGCCAGCCUUGUUGUUUCUGGAGGUCUCUUGGAGCAGAGAGAAAGCCUGGCGGCCAUGUUGUAUUUUGCCUUUCUCAACCCAGUUGAUCUGAUCACCGGUAACCAGACUGUGAUCGACAAACAGCUGGCUCCCGCCUACUUCCAAUGUGUUUCGGGUGAAAGCCGACCGCUUCCAACCAUCAUCUGGGAGAGAAACGGGAUACCAGUCACAGAUGAAUUAUCAUACGGGGAGCAAUUCGGCGGGACUGGUUCCCUGAAGUGGUCGCAAACACUCCAGAUUAAUAAUGUACGCAAGCGCCAUGAGGGGUCGUACCGAUGCGUGGUGAGCAACCCACUGCUCAAUGGACAGGUCCAGAGAAGCUCUUAUUCGUUCCUGGAAGUUCUUCCCAAUCCAGGAGACCCAUACAUCAGCAUCGCGCCUCGAAACCAAAUCAUCCCAGCCGGGGAACCAGCCAUUUUCUCCUGCCAGAUCCUUGGUGACCCGGCGCCCUCGAUCUCUUGGAGAAAGCUCGACGACCCCGAUGAUCUCAUCGAUACACCCGAGCGUUACGCCCGAAAUGACGGCAGUCUGUACUUUGCUGACGUAGCUGAUAUGUAUGAGGGAAACUACGUAUGUACAGGUACCAGUCGACUGGGACAAGUCUCAACCAAUCCAGUGGCUCUGAUAUCUGCACGUAUGGAUUGGGUUUUUACCCAGAACCCAUCUGACACAGAGGUCGUUGAGGAUGAUCGUGCGACGCUAAGCUGCCGGCCACCGUUCAGCAAGCCGCAAGCGAAUAUCACAUGGUACAAAGACAAUGCAGUGUUUCAAGGUGUGGCUAUACUAGGUGUUGGAGAUGUUUACUUCUCAUCGAUCACUAAGGAUGAUGAAGGGAGCUACUUCUGCGUAGCAACCAAUGACUUCCUCCCACAGAGUGUUACAUCAGACACUGCUGUGUUAUCAGUACGAGUCAAGGCCUCUAUUGAGGUGCCACCAGUUGCCAGAGAGGUCAUUCUUGGAAACGACCUCACAUUGACCUGUGAAGCCAGGGGGGAUCCCACCCCUAUGAUAGUCUGGAGGAAAGAUUCGGCAAUAAUUCAGGCCGGAGGUCGGACAACCAUAGGAAAUGCUGGUCAACUACUGCACAUUCUUGGGAUCAUUGGGUUGGACCAGGGGACUUAUACUUGUGAAGUCUCUAACGCAUACGGGUCAGAGUCCGCAUCAGUGUAUGUCGAUGUUCUUGUUUCUCCGCAAAUCACGACGGGUCCAGGUGAUCUCCGUGUGGGUCUCGGCUCCUCCAUACUCCUCCCCUGCAUCGUCAUCGGUGACCCCGUCCCAGACGUCACAUGGUACAAAGACAAUACUCUCCUAACCUUUGACCCCAGUGACAUCCACUACCAGCUGACCAAUCAGGGACUGACAAUUAACGAGGCUAGGGUUAGCGACGGCGGGAGCUUCCGUUGCCAAGCGACCAACAAAGCUGGGACGAGCGAGAGCUCUGGAACAUUGAUCAUAGAGACUCCACCAGUCAUCACCACUCCGCUCACCAACCAAACAGUCUACCAGGAAGCAGUCGUUGUCUUCGUAUGCCAAGCGAGCGGGGAACCGAGACCAGACCUAGUGUGGUUUUUCAACGACGGGCCGGUUCCGAGCUGGGGUAGUAUCUCCAACCAGGGGCAGAUACUGACUGUAAGCUCGGCCAGUGAUUUAACUAUAGGGAAAGUCACAUGCCGGGCGCAGAACAGGCAGGGUCAGGCUGAAUCAGAGGCUAACCUGCAAGUCAGAGUUGCUCCAGACAUUUUACCGAUAAGCGACUCGACAGUCGACGCUGGGACGUCUUUCACCGUUCAUUGUAUUACUAGCGCAUUUCCGGAGCCGACCAUUACAUGGCUGAAGGGGCAGGAUGUGAUCAUUGCAUCAGAAAGAAUCAUCUUCAGCUCGCCCGGUUCCCUGACCAUUGCUUCGGUUACCAAGGAAGAUCAAGGUGACUACAGCUGUGUAGCUUCUAAUGGCGUCGGAAACACUAGGGAAAACUUCCGCAUCUCCGUACUUGGUUUACCAGGGGCACCAACGAUACUAAAUGCUGCACCAGUGACAGGGGACUCCAUUACUGUGUAUUGGUCAGUGGGAGGGGAUGUAAUGGAUACAACACACUAUCAACUGCAGUACAAGCUAAGUCUUAUGACAUCAUGGACAACUUUCUUGGACAGUAUCGAGGCGACCAUCAGCCCUCAGUCAAGCACAGUCUACGGGCUGGACGAGAGUAGAUCUUAUCAGUUCAGAAUCUACGCCAAGAAUUCUCUGGGUAUCUCGUCCCCGAGUAACAUUGUGGUUGCCUCCACGCCGUCUGUCACAGGGCCGUCUGCUCCACGAAACUUCAAGAUCUUAUCAUUCAAUGCGACUGCCGUCACACUGCAGUGGGAAAUCCCUGUAACGAAGAAUGGCCCUAUAGAAGUCUACACAGUAGAGUACAGGAAGACUGGAACCAAUGACUAUUCCAGCGUUCAGGUGUUGGGAAAUGACCAGUACACCAUUGAGGCCAUUGUAGUUGGUUUGAGUCCCAUCUCGUCGUACCAGUUCCGUGUGACUGCUGCCACGUUACACAAUGGACAGCACCAGUUUGGGGAUUUUACAGACUAUAUUGAGCAGAUGACAUCACCGAGUGCACCCACAGCCUCUCCCAGCAAUGUCGUUAUCACAGCGUCAUCCUCUACAACAAUUCUGGUGUCUUGGUCGACUGUGGCACCUGAGCAUCAGAAUGGACCGAUCCAGGGCUACAAUGUGUCAUACAAGGAAACCGGGUCUUCCAUUACACCGUGGGUGGAAACAGUCGAUGAGACGGUGUUUUCCGUGAGGUUGACCGGACUGAUGAAAUGGACGGAGUAUGACGUACAGAUGUGGGCGUUCAACGGAGAGGGGGCUGGGCCUAAAACGGACGUUAUUAUCAGAAGAACAAAGGCGGAUGCUCCGACGGCGAGUCCACUGAACAUUGGCCUGAUUGCAACAAACAAGACUGCCAUCCUGGUAACCUGGCAGGCUUUACCUGAGGCUGAUCGGUUUGGUCCCAUCGAUGGUUACUUGGUGACCUAUUGGUCCCAGAACUCAAUGAGCAGACAAACAUUAGAUGUACCAGGAACGGACAACUUCUUGGUUCUUACUGGUUUGGAGGUCGCGACACUCUACUUCGCCCAGAUGGUUGCCUACAACCUAGUGGAUGGCGUUCGAUUAGAGGGUCCCCCAUCAGUAGAAACAUCUGCCUCAACACAGGAAGGAAUUCCCGGACACGUCAGAUCAAUCACAGCCUCCGAAGUUGGCUCCGACUACAUCUACCUCAGCUGGGAACCCCCCUCUAACAGCAAUGGAGUAAUCCUGGCCUAUGUCAUCACGUACACGGCAGACUUUCCCCAGGAAGUUACCACUGACGUCCUGAGUGUAGUGACAGGGGGAGUGAGGGAUAGCUCCAGACGUAGAAGAGACGUGAUUUUUGGCAACGAGACGUACGGACAAAUUGAGACGACAGAAACGUUUUAUAACUUGACGUCGCUGAAGCCGGAGACAGACUACGUGAUUGAGAUUAGAGGGAGGACCAGUGCUGGUAUGGGAGUCAAUGCUGAGAAACUCUUCAUCUCAACUGGCAGGGCACUACCUACCCGGUUACCACCACCAGGUCAGGGUACCACCCAACCACCGAUGGAUUCUCAGCCUCCGCCGCUCACCGAGACCAUGAACCCCUUCCCAGGAGAAGCAGCCUACCCACUAAAUUCCCUGAUCAUCUUCAUCUCAGCAGUCAGUCUUGCAGGAGCUGCCCUCUGUCUUGCCCUCGUUGUCCUCUUAGUGUGGUGUAAGCGACGUGGCGAUGACAAAACGCUCAAAAAUUCAAAUUACUUGAUUGACAAUGAUCAGAUGUGCUCAUCCAGCCAACGCAGCGGGAGUGAUGAUAUAGUGCUGGACAUCUCCAGAGCAAAUUCCAAGUCGCCCUCGACGGUCAGCUCAAGAAACACUUCUCGUCUCCCGUCCGUCUCCACUCCAACACCGUCCCCACCUGAGGAAUUCGCGGAUCUGAGCGGUAUGAAUGACGGCCCGAUGGACCCCAACCGCCCCCGGGCAAGCUCCUCCCCCAGCAUGGACCACAUGAGGGUGCACAGAGAUAUGGAUGGAUAUGCUGCGUACGGAGGGCAGGUCGAGCAGGGAUCGGGGACCGUACCGAGGGCAAAUGGGAGACUCUACACCCCGGCAAGAAGUCCGAGGAAUGCUAAAUACCAUCCAGCCUCCCAUGGGCAGUUAGAGAGUCAAGACACGACGCCCGACAAGCUGGAUGAACUUUAUAACAAGGUGGCCCGAACCUCGAGAGGACCGAGUCGACUGAAGCAAGAUAGCCUGGCAGCCAUUGCCGUCCUGCUGGACCAGGAAGAGACCAACGGUGACCUCCAACCUGUCGAGAAUCCUUCAUCGAUUGUCAUAUCAAAUGAAAGGACUACCCUUUAACCCUUCCAGUUCCGUCGCUCCUAAUGUGUACAUAUUAUAUAUAUGUUAAUGUGUGAAUAAAUAAUGACUUAAGCAGGAUGUGAACCCAGUACCCGUGGAUGAAUGUAAAGGUGCUGUAGAACUACUGAACUACAUAAAGUGCGCAGUGUGGAUUGGGAUGAGCGUUUGCCAAUCCUCCAUUGGGACAAAGACCAUUUUGCUGGCAGGAGACUUUUGAAUGGUGGAUUUUCUUCCGAGUUGCAUAAAUGAGUUAGUGUGAUUGGACUACGCCUUCCUGCUGCUGUGAUUGGUCAACUUCUCGAAGGAGUACAUUUCUAACCAGCAUAUCCGUGAAAGAGUCCAAAGAAGAAUAUAAAGAUAAAAAACAUUGACCUCUGUUUCUCCGUGACAGGAACACAUUGCCUUGGAUCGGACGAGUUGGUCUAAAAAGCGUUUGUAACCGUUUGUUAUAAAAUGCAU